UGUGGAGUGGUCGGAGAGAAGAAAGAGAUGGAGUGCGCGGCGAAGGGGAGCGGAACACGGUGCAUCGGCGCCGCCAUAAGACCAUGUGUUCGCUGCGAAGCCGUUGCUUAUUGCUCUCUCUCUCACCAGAUUGCACACUGGAGUCAUCACAAAGACGAGUGUGAGAGGUUACAACAACAGAUGAAGAGUGUGGAUGUCCUCAAUGAUUAUCCUUUCACUUUCUGUCGCGAAGCCACAUUUCAGGUUUGUGUAAAGCAGGAAACUAGGUGUUCAUUUUUGAGCAAGAGAGGCCUUCAUCAAGUGGGAAUGUGGAUGCAUGAAUGCCAUUGUGGGGCAUCAUCUUCUUCGUUUGAUUGUUUAGGGUUAAACAAGGGUUGGGAUCUCCCGAGGAUUUUGUGUCCGUGUUGUGGGCCUGACUCUCCAAUAUCAGAGCAGUUGCAUAAUUGGAGAGACUAUUAUAACUGGAGGUGCAUCCCACUAGAUUCACCUGUUGCGUUGCUUCUUCACUGGCCACUUACUAUAUAUCACGCUGCUCAACUUGUUGGAAUUACAACCUUGAAUUCUGAAGUCAGCAAUAAGUUGUGCAUACAUUAUCUUGGACCUGAGAAAGAGCUCCUACAACUUACUGUGUUUGGAGAAUUACAGGCGCUCUUCCCUGGUGUACAUAUUCAUAUAGAAUUUGUUGGACCUGCAAUUCCUCCUCAAAGGGAUGGUGAGAAAAUCUGCAUUUCUAAGUAUCCUUGUUGCAAUGAAGUUGAGUGUGUAUGCAAACUAGCGAGUGAAACACAAACUAGUAUCACUUCAGCAUUGACAUUGCAGCUUUGGCGAGGAUUCUAUCAUGACCGAUAUAGAGAUAUUGUUAAGGCUUCCUCCCCUCACCUAGUGAUUGCUCCAAAUGGUGGCGUGGCUGCCUAUUCCAGUUGGUUGCCAAGUAUUGAGUUAAUUGAAAAGAUUGAUGUUCCUGCUGUUUUUACCGAUUAUUGUGAGGAAGCUUGUCAUCUUGCAACAAGUUGCAUUACGACCGUGACUGGACGCUCUCUUAGAUUGCCUGUUCAGUUAAAUCCUUUCAGGCAGCCUAUAGCCGUGGAAGACAGUGUGCUAUUGCUUCCCUGCUACUCAAAUUGCUUUAUUUUUGGUAUGUAAAGAAUAAUGCUCUGAAUUCCUGAGCCUCUAUAUAUUGGCCGGAACCAUGAAUGGUGUUUAAUUAUAUUAAACCAAGAAAGAGGUUAGUCGUUGUUUUUUUUUUUAAAAGCUGAGGUGUUAGAAAUGAAGCUAAU